AAAUGAUAAUUGUACACGGCACAUGUUCUUUGUGGUACAUACCACUAUCAAUGUAUAAAUAAUAUAUUCGUUCAUGACAUCCAAUAUGACGAGAGAUGCUUUCACUAUUUCCAUUUCAGUUUUCAAGAUGAUGAAACACGUGAUCCUCGCCCUGGCCUGCCUGACUCUGGCAAGUGCUGGCAUCAUCAAACCUUCAUACGGCUAUGGUUAUGGCGGAUAUGGCAGAGGAUAUGGUGGAUAUGGCGGCGGCUGGGGAGGAAUGGGCAGCGGCUGGGGAGGAAUGGGCGGUUUUGGAGGAUUUAGAGGCAUGGGAGGAUACGGCGGCAUGGGCGGCGGCUGGAGCGGCAUGGGCGGCAGCUGGGGAGGAAUGGGCGGCUUCGGCGGCUUUGGAGGCAUGGGCGGCGGAUACGGAUACGGCAAGAAAAUGUAUUAUUAGAUCUGUACUAGUACGUUGGCUGAGGGAUAACCUGGACACAUAGUGACAAAGAACAUAACUGUUUGCUAAUAUGGACUGACCUAACUCACUUUGAAAUUAAAAUUUGC